AUGAAGUUUUUGUGCAGUUCGUUUACCGUCUUUCUUUUAAUAUUAUUUCUGUCUUGCAAUCACGCAGGAGCAGUAGUGAACCGACCCGAAAACGCUACGUUUCCAGCAAUAAUAAUUUUCGGAGAUUCCCUAUUCGAUACUGGCAAUAAUAAUUACAUCAAGACAAUUGCUAAAGCCAAUUUCCCACCUUACGGCAAUGAUUUCAUCGGAGGAAUCCCCACCGGAAGAUUUUCCGAUGGAAAAAUUCCGUCUGAUCUUUUCGCUGAAGAACUGGGAAUAAAGACUCUUUUGCCACCUUUUCUUGAUCCAUCUCUCCAAGAUCAAGAUCUAUUAACCGGGGUCAGCUUUGCUUCCGCAAAUACCGGAUACGACCCUUUAACUGCUCGUCUUUCGUCAGUCUUGUCCUUUUCGGACCAGUUGGAAUUGUUCAAAGAGUACACAUCGAAGCUGAAGAAAAUCGCCGGAGACGAAAAAUCAUCGGACAUUUUGAGGGAAAGUCUAUUUCUGGUGGACGGUGGCAACGACUAUACAAUUACGUAUUUCGGUACACCAUUUCGAAAAUUUCAAUACGAUGUUCCUUCGUACACCAACCUACUAGUAAGCUACGCUUCCACCUUCGUGCAGGAGUUGUACCGUUUGGGGGCUCGAAGAAUCGGUGUUUUCGGGUUGCCACCAUCAGGAUGUUUUCCGUUAUUACGAACUUUGGAAGGAGGACUCGAACGAAAUUGCUUCGGAAAAUAUAACGAAAUCGCGCAAUUAUUCAAUGGGAAAUUGUCAGCUGAAAUAGCCUCCCUCAACGAACGAUUAUCCGAAGCAAGAAUCGUCUACAUUGAUAUUUACACUCCUUUACUUGAUAUCAUUCUCACCCCACAAAAAUACGGUAAUUACUACUCUUUCCGUUUUUUUUCAUUCAAGAUAGCGGACAGGGGAUGUUGUGGAACCGGGAUGGUAGAAGUAUCGUUUCUUUGCAAAAACGCGUGUCCCGAUGUAGAAGAUUACGUGUUUUGGGACAGUGUUCAUCAGACAGAAAAAGCAUACAGGAUUCUCGUACGUCGGAUUCUCGACGAUAUUGCUGGAGUAGCUGUCGUAAGUCUACCGAAAAAUGCUACCCUUUUUUCGGCACUCGUAUUUUUCGGAGACUCGAUAGUCGAUACUGGCAAUAACAAUUACAUUAAGACAAUUGCUAUAAAGCCAACUUCCCACCUUAUGUGCGUCCUGUCCUUUUCGGACCAGUUCGAAUUGUUCAAAGACUACAUAUCGAAGCUGAAGAAGAUCGCCGGAGACGAAAAAUCAUCGGCCAUUUUGAGGGAAAGUCUAAUCGGAGUAAUUGCAGGCAACAACGACAUUGCUAUUACGUACUUUAAUACGCCUUUACGAAAAUUCCAAUACGGCGUUCCUUCGUACACCGACCUACUAGUCAGCUACGCUUCCACCUUCGUGCAGGAUUUGUACCGCCUCGGGGUGCGUAAUAUCGGCGUAUUUAGCUCGCUGCCACUUGGAUGUAUGCCAUUGGAAAGAACUAUUGGGGGAGGACUCGAAAGAAAAUGCGCGGAACAAUAUAACGAAGCCGCGCAGUUAUUCAAUAAUAAACUGUCGGCUGAAAUAGCAUCUCUCGACGCACAAUUAACCGAAGCGAAAAUAGUCUACGUUGAUAUUUACAAUCCCAUUCUCGACAUCACUCUCAACCCACAAAAAUACGGUACAACAUCACCGAUUUUUUAUUUUUGA